AUGAACGAAGAUGCGGCCAUUCAAGAUUUGCACCGCAAGAUCGAUCGUGAAAAGGCCAUCAUUAAUGCCGCAAACCAGAUGCGGCAGGCAACAAACAAUGCCUCUGUCAAUUCUCGCGUCGAAUCCAACAUUCGCGAUGCCAGGCGGAAUAUUGCAUACUUUGAGCAGACGCUACAAGACUUGAAGGCGCGAAAGAUGGGCAAUGACAUGGGCAAUCUUUCCGUGUCUGGGAAUGGAGGACCGGCAACACCACACCAUGGAUCCCGAGGAGGCUCUGGCAGCGGCAUCAACAACGAGCAAGGCUACGGCGGAGGUGCCGACUAUGGGAAUCCAGGUCCUGGAGGAUAUAGCAUGGGCGGUGCGCCUGGACUCAUGCCACCUCGAGCACCAUACGCGCCAGGUCCUACAGAUAGGUCGCCGCGAGCGCGUCCGAACUAUAGCAAGCUCGAUCUGAUCAAAUACGACACCGCUCACCUCGGCCCACGAAUCCAGCUCAUGUUGUCCCAGCUCGAAUUCAAACUUUCCGUGGAGAAGCAGUACAAGGACGGCAUUGAAAAGAUGGUCACACUAUACCAAAUGGCAGGCGAUCGUAAGAGCAGAGGCGAGGCAGAACUGCGCCGAAUGGAGAGCAAUCAAAAGAUCCAGCUUCUUACGAGGGCACUGCGGAGAUAUGAAGACCUUCACGUUGAUGUUGAGAAUGGCGCAGAUGGCGCGGAUGACGAUAGUCUGGACACUCCCAGCCAGCGCAAGCCGCUCACGGGUCACUUGUCGGUCAAGAUUCAUGCUGUGGCAGAUGUGGACCAUGCAGCGUCCGGCCGGUUCACGCGAGGGCCGGACACAUUCGUAAUCAUGAAAGUUGAAGAUGCUUUCAAAGGUCGAACGAAGGCGACCAAGACGGAUCGAUGGACCGACGAGACGCACGAGUUCGAUGUGGACAAAGCGAACGAGAUUGAAUUCACGGUAUACGACAAAUCGAGCGGAGACCAUCCCAUUCCAAUUGGCCUCCUAUGGAUCCGGCUAUCUGACCUCGUGGAUGAGAUUCGAAGAAAGAGGAUCGAGACAGAGUUCAACCAGGCCGGGUGGAUUACCGCUGAUAAGAUGGACGGUUCUCCUCGCCCGGAUAUGCAAUUUCAACCACCUCCCAACUCUUCUCAUGGCGGAGGAAUGGGCGGAUCCACUGCUGCUGCUGCUGGAGGUCCUGCUGGCUCAGGUCUCGCCCCGCAGACAGGACCCGUAUACGUCGAUGCCUGGUUCUCACUGGAGCCCGUCGGAAGAGUUCAGAUCACGCUCGGUUUCGUCAAGCAGACCAAGGAUCGCAGGCCAUUUGAUGUUGGUCUCAAUCGAAAGGGUGCCGUACGUCAAAAGAAGGAAGACAUCGUGGAGCAAUACGGCCACAAGUUUGCCGUGCAGACAUUUUACAACAUCAUGCGUUGUGCUUUGUGUGGCGACUUUCUCAAAUACACCGCAGGCAUGCAGUGUGCGGACUGCAAGUACACUUGCCAUCAGAAAUGUUACUCAAAGGUGGUCACGAAGUGCAUCAGCAAGUCCAAUGCUGAAAGCGACCCGGAUGAGGAGAAGAUCAACCACCGCAUCCCUCACAGAUUUGACGCAUUCUCCAACAUGGGCGCCAACUGGUGUUGCCACUGCGGAUAUAUGCUGCCACUGGGCAAACGACAAUCGAGAAAGUGCUCCGAGUGCAAGCUUACGUGUCACUCCAAUUGUGUGCACUUCGUUCCGGACUUCUGUGGUAUGAGCAUGGAAAGCGCCAACCAAAUCCUGGCUGAGCAGAAGAGAGCCAAGGGUCGCAUGCUGCAGAAUAGCACCAAGCUGCGCCCACCCGGGCAAACCUCAACUGGCAGACCGACUCCACCCACGCAGACUCAGAGCUUUGCUCCGACACUGUUUUCGUACGGCAAAGAUCGCAUGUCGGAUUCGUACGACCAGCCUCCACGAACAUCAUCAUAUGGUCCAGCUGGUGCUGCCGAUGCCGCCAAGGCUUCAAUGAACUCUCCCGGUUCUCCCGAAAGCAUGCACAGACCGCCUGCUAACCGCACACAGUCCUCCCAAGCUGCUGCAGCCGCGGCGGCUGCCGCCGCAGCUUUGUCUUCUGGCGGCAAGCCACAGGAUCGGCCAGGCUAUAACAGAGGCUCGACCGAGUAUGGCCAGCAACAGCCAUCAUCUGGUGGCUACGCGGACGGCUAUGCCGAGAGCAAGAGGCUGCCAGCGCAACCUCAACAAGCAUCUUACAACCCAGCCCACUACGCGGCGGUCGCCGGCUACCCACCUCCAUCGCCUUAUCAGCAGCCAGUGGCCCAGCAGGCACCGAGACCACCACCGAAACAGGCCCAGUCGUCCCCGUACCAGCAGCAACCACCUCAAGUCUCUCAAUCUCCAGCUCGCACGCAAUCUCCCAGCACAGCACCACCGCCCAGCAUGUCCGUCACCGCACCUGUGGUCGAAGAGAGGAAACCAGCUCCUCCCGCCAAUUCUUCUGGCACUGGACGACGCAUUGGUCUGGAUCACUUCAAUUUCUUGGCCGUGCUUGGUAAGGGUAACUUUGGAAAGGUCAUGCUUGCAGAGACCAAAACCAGCAAGCAAUUGUACGCCAUCAAGGUUUUGAAGAAAGAGUUCAUCAUUGAGAAUGAUGAAGUGGAGAGCACCCGCUCUGAGAAGCGCGUGUUCUUGAUCGCCAACAAGGAACGUCAUCCCUUCCUCUUGAACUUGUACGCCUGCUUCCAGACCGAGACAAGAGUCUACUUCGUCAUGGAGUACAUCAGCGGAGGUGAUUUGAUGUUGCACAUCCAGCGCGGACAGUUUGGCACCAAGCGCGCACAGUUCUACGCGGCCGAAGUCUGCCUCGCACUGAAAUACUUCCACGAGAACGGCGUCAUCUACCGCGACUUGAAACUCGACAACAUUCUUCUCACGACCGAAGGCCACAUCAGAAUCGCCGACUACGGUCUCUGCAAGGAAGACAUGUGGUAUGGCUCCACGACCAGCACCUUCUGCGGCACGCCCGAAUUCAUGGCGCCGGAGAUAUUACUCGACAAGAAAUACGGCCGCGCCGUCGACUGGUGGGCUUUCGGUGUGUUGAUCUACCAGAUGCUGCUGCAGCAAUCGCCCUUCCGUGGCGAGGACGAGGAUGAAAUCUACGAUGCUAUCCUUGCUGAUGAGCCCUUGUAUCCGAUCCACAUGCCGAGAGAUAGCGUGUCGAUUCUGCAGAAGCUGCUUACCCGCGAACCGGAGCUGAGACUUGGUUCGGGUCCGACUGACGCUCAGGAGAUUAUGAGCCAUGCUUUCUUCCGGAAUGUCAAUUGGGAGGAUGUCUACUGCAAGCGUGUGCCGCCGCCUUUCAUCCCGACUAUCAAAGGACGGGCGGACACCAGCAAUUUCGAUUCGGAAUUCACGAGUGUCACGCCGGUGCUCACGCCCGUGCAGUCUGUACUUUCGCAGGCCAUGCAAGAAGAGUUCCGAGGCUUCUCGUACUCUGCCGACUUCGUUUGA